AUUUACAUAUUGCGUUAAUUUAUUUGUGCUACAUUAAAAUUAGUGAGACACUGGCAGUGAACUUGGAUUAACGGGAUGCAACAGGAAUUUUUGAGUGCUUUUGUGAAAGUUUCAGCUGUGCAAAACGUUUCAUGAUAUAAAAGACAUAUUACCGCUUUGUUUUACGUAUUACAAAUUACAUGAAGCCGCGAUUGAGGAUUAAAAACUACAACUAAACAAAAUUUCCAACAAUGACAAUCAACAGAAAGUUUCUGCCUAUAAAGGCACAUUACUUCUUUUUUAUGGCAGCGAUGGGUCCAAUUUUGCCACAGAUAAACGUAUAUGGAAAACAAUUAGGUAUCUCAAGUGUUGUUAUGGGUAGCAUAACAGCUGUAUUACCGCUAUUAUUUUUGGUAUCCAAACCUGCAUUUGGAUACAUAAUUGAUUAUUUUUCCAGUGCCAGAAAAACAAUAUUUUUGGGCUUAUUAAUUGUAUUGGGUACAUCAUAUUCAUUAUUAUACUUUUUACCAGAACCUGCGAGGCAUCAAGUACCAUUUUCGAAUGUUUAUAAUUUUACACAAGCGUCAUCAAUAAUUUCUUCAUGUAACAACACUAUUCAAACCAAAGACACUUUAUGUUCAAAUUAUCGAAAUGUAACUUGUAAAUGGGAAUGUAAUCAUGAAAACACUGUAAAUUCAAACAUAUCAGUGUAUCUCGAAUAUUCGAAUAAUAAUUAUGGUAUUCAUUGUUCCAAUUCGAAUACAUCAAAUGUAAGCUGUUUUAACGGUGCCGAAAAUUGUACAUGUAAUUUUAUAUGUGAGCAAAUAAACGAAGUUGAUUGUCUUUAUGGCACUCCCACAUUUUGGGGUUUCGUAAUUUUAAUGGCAAUUGGUACAAUUGGUUUUAAUGUAGCAAAUUGUGUAAGCGAUGCUAUUUGUUUUGAUGUAUUAGGUGAAAAUGGUCAAUUAGAUUAUGGAAAACAACGUGUUUGGGGUACAAUUGGAUUUGGGAUAUCAGCUUUACUUUCUGGAUAUAUUGUAGAUGUUUUAUCGCAGGGCAAUGAAAUUAAAACAUAUACUCCAGUUUUUAUUCUAGUCUUUGUUUUUAUAAUUGUUGAUAUUGUAGCGUGCUUUAAAUUAAAAUUACCAAAGCUACCGACAUCGGAUAAUAUUUUAAAAGACUUAGGAAAAUUAUUAAAACAUAAACAUAUUGUGAUAUUUUUAAUUUUUGCAACUUUAGCCGGAAUAGUGGAUAGUUUUAUUGUCUACUUUUUAUUUUGGUACUUAGAAGAUUUAGCAGCUGCUACAGGCUAUGCACAUAAUAUCAAAUUAUUAGAAGGUUUAACAGUAGCAGCGGAAACAUUAGGGGGUGAAGUCUUAUUCUUUUCAUUAUCUGGAAAAAUUAUAGAAAAAAUUGGAUAUGGGCAUUCAUUAACAUUUUGUUUUGUAUCCUAUGCAAUAAGAUUAGGUGCAGUAUCUUUAAUACCAUCACCAUGGUGGAUCCUACCAAUUGAGUUGGUCAUGCAAGGUCCAACAUAUGCAAUGUGUUAUACAACAAUUGUUGCAUACACUAGUGCUAUAUCACCUCCAGGAACAUCGGCUACCAUGCAAGGAAUUGCAGCCGGUAUGGACGAUGGUUUUGGUUAUGCAAUUGGCAGCUUAAUUGGUGGAUUUUUGUACAAAUACUCAGGAGGUCAAAGAGCUUUACAAAUAUUCAGUAGUAUAGCCUUAUGUUGUGCUAUUAUUCAUUUUAUACUUUAUGUAACAAUUCUGAAAAAUUCUGCUCCAGGAAAAUCAGAAAAAAAUUAUAAAUCUCCGGAAGAAGCGUUACAAUCUGUUACAGAUCCUUCCAUGGUCAAAUAGGAAAAACAAUUUAUGAAUCGUAUAUUACGAUUCUUUGUAUUUAUAUUUUAAUUAUCAUGUGGCUGAGGUUGUCGCCUAAAAAUGGUUACACUUAGGUUUUGGUGAAUUAUUCAAAUAGGUACAAAAGGAAAACUAGUGUACAUGGAAACACUGUUUGUUGUCGAUCAGCCUUGUAUUUCUCCGAGGCUGCUAUUAUUUUCUCUAAAUCAUUAGUCUCUAUGAAGUUAAGGGGCCUGGGGCCCUAAAAAAUACAAUGGCUGGUGCUUGAGCAUGUCCACUACGUCAAAUAAUAUUUAUAAAAAAUUCAACCUUUACUAGUUUGUGAUCAUUUUUAGUCAUGAAGCUCUGAAGCAUUGUAUAACAAAAUCUAGGCUUGUCAAAUAUCCAUCGAGCACUAACAAGUUUUUGCAUUAGAAUGUCUAGACAACGCAAGCAGUCUAAAUUUUGCUUACACGAAAUUACGGGCCUCAAACUUUGGCUUUGCGAAUUACGUUAUCUUUUCGUUCUAAGAAGGCUAAUUGUUUCAAGAACCUUUCAUGGCUUUAAAAUAUCAUUCGGAACAUUAUUAUUAUUACCGACAUAUGCAUAUUAAUGCAAAAAGUUUAGCGAACGACAAAAAUUUGGCUGGCCUGGAUUUUGGCAUAGUAUGCUAUUUUAGAAUUUUCUAAAAAUAUAACUUUAAAAAAUUAUCGAUUACAAAUCAAUGUUAUAAUAUAGAUUUGCAUGUUGGGUCUGGAUUCUUUAUUCCAGAGAAAAAGAAAUAUUUUUUUACUAAUAAUAUUUAGUAUAACUUUUUGAUACAAUUAGAACCAUGUUGAAUUUUUAAGUCUCCAUAAAAGAUUUGAAAUUCUUACCGAAGUCUAGUUCUAUUUUUUCUAGUUCUAAUAUUUGAUAAGGGUUCAGUUACUUUUGGAAAAAUCUUU